AUGGCUCAUCCGCCAAAGGAGGUCCGUCUGAUAGAUUCUGUUUUUCAGCUAGUCACGCACUAUGACAAGGACCCCCAGGUUCGACAAUUCGUCGACCAAAUGGAAUGGUACAUCGUUCCGCUCCUGAACCCGGAUGGGUAUGAGUAUUCGCGGAGUAGCAGCGACCCUGAGAUCCGUCUCUGGCGGAAGAAUCGCAGUCCAGCGAGAUGCAUCCAACAGAGCACAGGUAGGACUUCAACCAUCCAAUGUUUCAUAUGUCAUAAAUUUUUUUAA